ACCAAGCGAUGGAUUGAAAAAAGAUGAUCCUUUUUCUGAUGUAAAUAGUGGUUUAGCAAAUGAUGAAGUGUUCGAUUUUGUUGAAGAUGUAGGAGCAAUGAAGAGUUCGGUUAUUGAACGAGCAUCCACAGAGGCUGCCACCAUGCGGGAAUUGCUGAAAGAGUUUAUAAGGCAAGAGAUCCAAUUUUCAUCUCAUAUUGACAAGCGAGAGCACAAUAAGGGGAUUGAAGAAGCACAUGAGAUGCAAUGUGUUAAAGGAACUAUGUCACUCUCUAAUUUGGAUGAGAACAAAUCAGAGAACGAUGGGCCAGAAAAUAGAAAAGAAGACAAACUGCAGCAUCUCAAUGAAUCUGAAAGUGAGCUGGAUACUCUGGAUAGCGCAUCUCUAAAAUUAUCAAAAGCGGAUCAGAUCAUUGAGAAAAUGUCCCGGCGACGAUUUUCAGAAGUACAAGAGAAACAAGAGAAGGAGGAUAGUAAUCUCAAGGAUUCCGUAUUUGAUGAGCCUCUCGUUCAGCCAAUGAGCGAUUUGCAAGGCCAAAACUCACUGGAUAUUGAAGAUGGUGAUAUUGUAUAUAAGCGCCUACAACGGGAUGAGACUCGUGAGAGCUCAGCCCAAAGCGAGUCUGUUAUAUUUGGAAAUGAUGAUGAAGGCAGGGCUAUGUCGAAUAAUCCGGAAAUUUCAAGAUCCCCGCUAUCUCGGCAUUAUACGAUUGCCGGUGACGAUCCAAAAACUAUUUUUAAGUCCGUGAUAAUUAACGAUUCAGUUAAAUAUAUUUACGAUGAAAAUGAGAGUACUAUCGAUGGCAACAGCUCCAAGGACAGCAGCAGUUUCUGUCUGGACGACGAAACGUCUGAAAACAUUCGCAAAAAGAUGAUGGCAUAUUCCUUGUCGGAAGCGGACUCCGAUUACUGUGACCCGAAUAAAAUCAUGAAGGACGACUUUCAUAUAGACACUGCAAUGACAGAUGCUAUGGACACAUCCACAGAAACCGAAUCGACAAUUGUUUCCGCUGCUGCUAAAAUACAGGCAGGCGCACGGGGAUUUCUAACAAGGCGACGAUUGCGACGGGCCAGUGCAGGGACUAAGUCGUCUACCCAGGAAACCAAAGCAUCUUUCGGGAAUGAUGCUAUAAGCGAAUCAUUGGAACGCUUUAUUGAAGAGGAAGCUGCUAAGAAAAUUCAAGCGGCAUAUCGAUUGCAUACUAAGAAGCCCAAACGCCAGGCACUGGGUCUUACCAAUGGCUCCAGUCUGGAAAGUACCUUGGCAGCCAAGCGGCAAAUGCUUCAGCGCGGAGACGCAUUGCAAAAUGAUUCGAAUUCUUCUCCAGAGAAUGAAAAUACCAAUUGCGUCUCCGGCGACCAGUCAAAAGUACCUAUUGAGACGAUUUCGUCGUCAAACAGAGGUAAGCUAUUACAUUAG